AUGCCUGCAUGUCCUCGUGCUGAUCAAUAUUCAUCAUUACCACCACCUGGUUUUGCUGAUAAUAAUUUUGCAUUAAAACGUGUACAAGUAAUUGAUUUAUUACAAAAACUUAUUGAUAAAUGUCAACGUGAGCCACAAUUUGUUGAACAACAACCACAACAAACAGAUUUAUUAGUUUCUACUGCGCAAUAUAUACUUCUACCGACUCCAAUUUCACCGGAUGAUAAAAGAGAUUUUCUUAAUAAUAUUAUACGGAAUGGACAAGAUUUAUUGAAUGAUGAAAAUCAAAUGAAUAAUGACGAAAUUACUUUAUCAAUCAAUUCCAUUUCUACAUUGAAUGAAGAUAAAGAUGCUACAUUAACUGAUCUUCCAUCCAUCACACCAAAUAAUGAUACUGAUGGAGAUUUUUCACUUGAUGAUCUUGCUGAUGAAUAUCUUAAAAAUGAGCCAACACCUUCUUCAAUAAAUGAUAAAUCACCACCUUCAAGUGAACAAGUUGAACCUGAAUUAACUCUUGAUGAACUUAGUAAAACUUAUUUUUCAUCAUCACCAGGAAAUGAUAUUUUAUCAAAGCUUUUAUUUUGUCCAUUAUCGAAUGAACCUAAUCUAGUUAAACCUCAACUUGAAACUAUACUUUUUCCAAGUCGUUUACCAUCGCAUGAUGCUGCUGAUGAUGCUGAUGGUAUUUGGAAAGAAGUAUCAAGUCCUUUUGGUCAAAUGUUUUGUACAAAAAUCGAUGAAACGCCAACAAUAGUAACAAGACGAGUUUCAACAUGUUUACUUGACUAUUCUCUUUAUGAACGUUUAACACGUCUUGUAACUCUUUUACCUAAACAGUGUAUUCGAAACAGUGCUCAACAAUUAUCUAUUCGAUCUAAUGCACAGCAAUAUCGAUCACAACGUUCGAAUAAUGAUAAUCGACGUCCUUCACAUCGGCCAUCUUUUCAACAAAAUUCAUCGCAAUCAUAUCAUAAUCAACGUUUUCCAUCUGGCCAAAAUUCUCGUCCAUAUAUGAACCAAAACUAUCCGAAUCAGCAAGGAAAUCCUGGUGGAUAUUUUGUUGAUCGUAGAUCACAACCACAAAACAGAUAUCCUCCACCUCAACCAUCGUUUGCUCCAUAUCCCAACGAGCAUCAACAACAAAAAGGUCCACCUAAAAAUAAUCCUCAUGGUGGUAAUAAUGGUCAGCAACAGCAACAGCAACAAAAGAAGAAGAAUCAAACUAAUAACCAGCAAGGACCAAACCAACAGGGAUCAAAUCAACCAAGACCAAAUCAACAACAACAACAUCAACAACAACAACGAAAUACAAAGAAAGGUUCUGGUGGUAAUAAACUGACUAAUGAAAAAUCAGGUGUACCUGGAUCCGGUCCAAGUUUAAAUCCCAAAUAA